UGUUGCGAAUGUUUGUUUUUAUGCUGGUCCGACUUGAUUAUUUGAUGAAACUUAUAAAUUUUUAGGUAAUAUAAUAUUUCGGACUAAUGUUAUAAUAAGUGAAUAAAUGAGUAGUGAAGAUUUUAUUAACAGUUACCCAGAAACUUUUCGUUCGGGUUUAAAUGGUACCAAAGUAGAUAUUGUAUUCGUAUGCAAUAUAUGUUUUCGACAAUAUACAUUAAUCGAAGAUUUACGUGGACAUCUUAUUGAAUAUCACAAAUUCAAACCAAAAAUUGAACAAAAUUUAACACCUGAACAAAUUUCAUUACGAAAUAAUGAUCUUAACUGGAAUACUACGCCUCAUAAUGCCACAAAUGCAUCUUCCAUGGAAAUGGAGGAGUACCAUCGGAAUGAAACAAGUAAACUUGAUAUACGACCAAUGCCAUUUAGAAACUUGCGAGUUGUGUUGCGUAGCAAAAUGAUUUUGCGUUGCUCAAGAACGAACUCCUGUUCUUAUAAAUUCGAAAAUGAGGAAAAGCUUGUAUUGCACAGCAAAUGUCAUACAAAUUCAAAAACUCCACAGAAAUUCAAAUGCUAUGAGUGUGGUGUAGAGAUGAUAAAUUGGCGUCGCUGCUCAGCACACCUAUGGAAAGCUCAUCAAAUAGAUGUUGAUCUUUUGCAAUGUCCUCAAUGCGAAUACAAGGCACAUGCAUCAGUCCUUGUUUGGCGUCACUUGAGGGUACACAAAAAGUGGCGCGAACGAGUUCUACGGUCGCUAAGAGCAGUUCAACGGAAGCGCCUAAGAUAUGAUGCACAGAAAUUUAAUGAAGGGAGAGCACAUUCUUUAGAAGCGUACAAAAAUAAAUAUUAUGCAGAAAAGACUUGCGAAGUAUGCACUCGAAAAUUCGUAAAUGGUAAAACCCUUUCGAAGCAUGUAAAAGCGGUACAUAAUAAAAUUAAACCAUUCAUAUGUAAUGUAUGUGGUAAGAAAAUGGCAAGAAAGGCUAGUUUGAUUAUACAUAUACGCCAGCAUACUGGGGAAAAACCAUUACAUUGCAAGACGUGCAAAUUCUCAACUAGGGAUCCCAGUGUUCUAAAUUCGCAUCAGAUGCGCCACGAAAAGGUGGAAAAGUUUAAAUGCAGUCAAUGCGACUUUUUCUGCAUUCAAUCUAGUGCUUUCAAGCGUCAUAUGCGGUUGAAGCAUAUAGAAGAGUAUAAAAAGAUCGCAUGUGACAUGUGCAGCUAUGUUACAAUAAGCGCAGAUCGACUGCAAGUGCACAAAAGUGAUCAUCGAAAAGGGCUUAUUGUUAAUCACGAAGAUUCUAUGGACGCAACUCGUUCCAAGGGCUCGAAACAUUCACACAAAUUAAGAGAUAAAAAUGAGAUGUCUGCUGAUAGUUUCUUGCCGAUCGAAAGUAUUGAUUCACUACCUCAUGAGCCAGCUGUGGACACUGGAGGAGUUACAAUACCUGCACCUUCUGAGGAUACACAGUUCCCGACAUACUUAAGUAAUUGAUUGGUUUAUUUUUAACCAGCUCUAGAAUUUCAAAAUAGUUCUAAAAAGAUUCUUUGUGUCAUGUAUAAAUUAUUUCAUUGUAACAUUUUACAAUGUUUAAAUACUUAUAAAAUAUAUUAUCUUUAUUACAAUGUAUUCAUUCUAAGAUUAAAUAAACAUAAAAAAGAUUUGAUAUAUUA